AUGGCCUACACGGCUUUCGCGGACAAUCCCACACUCGAAAGCGCUGUUUUCAAUUCAAUGAGCUCCUGGGUUUUCUCCUUUGCUGGUUACUAUCAACCGUACUGGUUACUGGCUGUCUCGAGUGAGUCAAGACGGGAAAUCUUUCGUUAUUUCCGUCGCUUCUUGGCUCAACACGGCCAUCCGCAAAUCGCGACAAACUCAAAGAAUCUCCAAAAAACAUCAUCGAAUCUGAAUUCAAGAGUUGUCGUCGACUCUCAGUCAACGAUGAAAGUCGGA